AAAUCAUCAAAUCUAAUAAGAAGAGAGAGUAAUAGUUAGAAAAAGACCGAUUAUUUUUAAAUUUCAUUUUGCAAGUCAACAUGGAAAUAAAUUAUAUGGUUUCUCAAAUAGGACUGAAAUGAAGAAUAUCAAAUACACUCCUUAAAAAAAUAUAUCAAAUACAUAGGGAUUCAUUUCUGGAUAUAAUCCUGUGGUAUUAAAACAAAAGAUAUCGUUUUAAUUGUGUAGAGUAAUGGAGAGUUACAUGAUAUGUGGAUGCUUUUCAAGGAAGUUCAAGAAGGCAGAACUACAACCGCCGUCGGAUAUUAUAGAUCUCUUCAAUAAAUACGCCGAAUGUGGGCCCUACAUGACGGCGGACCAGCUCCUAAAUUUCAUGGUGGAAGUUCAAGGAGAGUCCACCGCCACAUUAACUGAGGCUGAGAAGAUUGUGGAAGAGAUCAAGUUAAGAAGAAAACAUCCUCAUAUACAUAUGCUUAUUACUACUAGAAAAUCUCUUACUCUUGAUGAAUUCUUUUCUUACCUUUUCUCAGUUGACCUCAAUCCACCUAUCAAGUCUCAGGUGCAUCAAGAUAUGACAGCUCCAUUAUCUCAUUAUUUCAUAUUCACUGGACAUAAUUCAUACUUGACUGGCAAUCAACUGAGCAGUGAUUGCAGUGAUGUUCCCAUAAUCAAAGCAUUGCAGAAAGGUGUUAGGGUUAUAGAGCUUGAUCUUUGGCCUACUCCUAACAAACAAAAUGUUCAUGUUUUGCAUGGAAAGACUCUAACAACUCCAGUGGAGCUCAUGAAAUGUCUCAAAUCAAUUAAAGAACAUGCUUUUACAGCAUCUCCUUAUCCUGUCAUUUUAACUCUUGAAGAUCAUCUCAAUCCCACUCUUCAAGCCAAAGUAGCCAAAAUGAUCGAUGAAACGUUUGGGGAUAUGCUGUUCUAUCCUGAAUCGGAGAUACCAGAGGCUUUUCCAUCCCCAGAAGAAUUGAAGUAUAAGGUGAUCAUCUCCACAAAACCUCCGAAGGAGUAUCUUAUAGCUGAUAAUGACGGCAAGAAAGGCAAUGGAUCACAAAAGGAAAUUCUAGAACUUUCUGGAGAAGAACAAGUAUCAGAUGAUAAUAACAAGAACAACAAAAAUAAUACUGUAGAUGAAAAUAUUGAAGAGAUAGAUGAAAACGAAGAAGAGAAGUAUAAUGAUGAUGGUUGUGUAAGUGAAAAAGCAGCAGAAUACAAGAGAAUGAUAACGAUUCCAGGGAUAAAAAGAGGUGAAUUGAAGGAGUCAUUGAAGGUUGAUCCUAAUAAAGUCAGUCGUCUUAGUUGGAGUGAACAACUUCUUGCUAAGGCAAUCACUUCUUAUGGAACUGAUAUUAUUAGGUAUACCCAAAAAAAUAUUCUAAGGAUAUUCCCUAAAGUUACGCGGUUCGACUCUUCCAACUAUGAGCCUUUUCUUGGUUGGAUGCAUGGAGCUCAAAUGGUCGCGUUCAACAUGCAGGGUCAUGGAAAACAGCUAUGGUUGAUGCAUGGGAUGUUUAGAGCCAAUGGAGGCUGUGGUUAUGUAAAAAAGCCUGAUUUCCUAAUGAACUCGAGUCCUGAUAACAAAGUUUUUGAUCCAAAAGCAAAUUUAUCAGUGAAGACUACAUUAAAGGUGAAAAUUUACAUGGGAGAUGGAUGGCGCCAAGACUUUAAACAGACCCAUUUUGAUACAUUUUCUCCACCGGAUUUCUAUGUUAGGGUGGGAAUAGCAGGAGCAUCAGCAGAUGAAACAAUGAAGAAAACAAAAGUAAUAGAGGAUGAUUGGAGACCUAUUUGGAAUGAAGAGUUUAGUUUCCCACUAAGAAUACCAGAAUUAGCUUUGCUUAGAGUUGAAGUUCAUGAAUAUGAUAUCACUGAUAAAGAUGAUUUUGCUGGCCAAACUUGUUUGCCUGUCUCUGAAUUGAUGCCUGGGAUUCAUGCACUUUCCCUAUAUGAUUACAAAGGACACAAAUAUCCUUUUGUUAAGCUUUUGAUGCACUUUACGUAUGUCUAAACUCAAAGCUUCAACUAUUUUUUAUGCUUAAAUUGAGUUUCUUUUUUCUUUUUUUUUUGUAUAUCAUCAUAAAACAUGCUCUCUAUAUCUUUAGAUUACCUAAAAGUUUAGUUAUACAAUAAUUCUGUUUAAAUAUAAAUACAAAACUUGUAAAUUAUUUUUCUUUUUUCAGUUAUCAUUUUUAUUGGGAAAUAUAUUAUUAAAUAUUUGUAAUAUGAAGUAUUAUUUAGAUUGUAUAAUAAGGUUAAUUAUGUAAUUGCAUACCUGUAGUGUAUGUGUAUGGCUCUAGGGUUUUAUGUAUUUAUAUCAAGUGAAUAAUGAAUGAGACAACAAGGAUCAUUAAUAUU